AUGCUUGCCAGGCGCCGCGUUCUGAUGGGCCUCCAUAACCAUCAGUCACAUACCCGCUCUUCCCCGCCCCCUCAGCGGAGGGGGCGGCGCGGGGACCAGCGGGCUCAGAGCAGGGGUUCGUGCCCCACACCGCGGGGAGGUGGCCCCCCCUUCCGCUCUGUCCGCGGCCGCCAUUUUACACGGGAAGGCCUAGCCGGGCUGGCGCAGGGCCCGGCCCGGCGCCCGCCAGGGGAUCCUCCCGGCGGAGCCAAGCGACCCCCAGACCGCCCUGGUUCUCCGCCCAGAGAUCCCGCCCGGCGG